CUUCCUUAAAACUAUUGGAGCUUUGAGUGCAACUUUUUCUGUGAAGCAGCUUUUGGUAUAACUGUUGCUAAGUGUUAAAGUUAUUUACUUCUAGCUUAUAAGGAUCAACAGGAGAUCAUGGAGUUACAAUAACUGAUUCCACUGAAUGUCUAAGUAGGACUCAUCAACAGAAAAUCCCUGAUGAAACACUGAGAAUUAUCCCAUUUCAGUGUCUUCAAAGACGCCGUAGUUUUGAAGAGAGGGGAUUUCCACAAUGAGAGAUCGGUUGGAGGAGCUGCACCAGACAGCUCAGGAGUUGUCGGAGACAACAGCCAGCACUACCAACCCUUUCUCAGAGGAGGGUGAUGAUGAUGAUGAAUCUGUGGAAGCUGGGACCAUUACCCAGCAGGCCGUGGUGUUUGAGGAGGAACCAGUCAUUCAGAAUUUCCUCUCCGAGGCUCAGCAAAUCAGAGAUGACAUCUCCACACUUGAAACAGAGGUCCUGAAGUUCUGUCAGCAGCAGAAGACCCUGGUGGCAGCCAUGCGUCGCUUCAGCGUGAUGAAGAAAGAGAGCAGCAUAACACGAGACAUCAAGCUGCAGGCCGAAAGCCUCCACCGCCGUUUAGACGGCCUUUCAAAACAAGCCCAAAGAGCUGAAGACCAGCUGGGAACUAAUGCUGUCGCAGUGAGAAUACAACGCUCCCAGCAUGCAGCUCUGCAUCGCAGAUUUCAGCAGGUGAUGCGCCAGUAUAAUGAAGGUCUGCUGACCAAGCAGGAUCGUUGUAAGCACUUCAUUAUGCGGCAGCUGGAGAUAUUGGAAAAGAGUGUAACAGAGGAGGAGGUGAAUGAGAUGGUCGCCACAGGAAAUUGGGAGGUGUUCAACGAGAACCUGCUAAAUGAUGUCAGAAUCACACGGGCACAACUGUCUGAGAUCGAACAGCGACACAGGGAACUCUUGAGCCUGGAGAACAAUAUGAAAGAGCUAAGAGACCUCUUCAUGGAUAUCUUCAUGCUUGUAGAGGAACAAGGGGCUGGCAUUGAACACAUCCAAACUAAUGUUGAGCGAACACAAGAUUACGUAGCUGCAACUAACGAGAAGUUCAAGGCGGCUGCAAGAUAUAAGAAGAAGAACCCGAUUCGACAGCUGUGCUGCUGCUGCUGUCCUCCCUGGAGAUGCUGCAUGUGAAACAAGAGCGUUUUGUGCCUGAGAGUUCGUUCCAAAUAAGGUUUUAUUUCAAACACUCGUGACUAACUUGGAAGUCAGCGACACAAGUGACAUUAAAAGGAGGGUAAAGGUGUCGAAGUGGUGGCUGCUGCUAAAAAAGAGCAAUGGUGAGUAGAGACGCAGCAGAGCACAGAAAACAAUUAGAGAGGAGGGCAGGAAUUGCAAUGGGAAGGUACUUGUUUCUUUCAGGAGGAGGCGAAGCGACUGCGAUUGGAAGAGACAGUUCAGUGAGUUCUACUCACCAACAUUGUUGCUUAUUGGAGACCUUCACUGUCAUCUGACAGAGGUCACAAACAAGAGGAGGCUACUGACACUGCUGGAUCAGCAAAAACAAUACUCCAGCCCUUCUUCCCGAAAAGUGAAGCACUGUUUUUAUCCCCUCUGCCAUAAGAAUUCGAAUGGGGAUAGAGUUGUUUUUUCAAAACAUGCACUUUAUAGGAUUCACUUUUCUUUUUGGGGGGCAUGAAGUAACAUUUUCUCAUAAUGAG